CAUGAGUACCUGAGAAUCCCCAUUUUUGGAGUGUGGCAGGCCAAGCCCGAGACAGUGCAGAAAGUCUGCGAGAUAGUAAAGAAACAAUUGGCACUGUCUGACGAGACUGAGCUCACCCCUGAGUCCAAGUUUGCUGCCCUGGGUGCUGAUUCUCUUGAUACGGUGGAAAUAGUUAUGGGUUUGGAGGAAGAGUUCGGAAUCAGCGUCGAGGAGGAAAGCUCACAGAAUAUAACAACGGUCCAAGAAGCGGCUGAUUUGAUAGAGAAGCUUGUGCAGAAGAAGCCCGAAGCCUAGGGAAAGAGCUAGGUGGUUGGAGAAUGUAACAGUUUUGUUAAGGAAUUUGGGCUAGUUUUUUUUCCUCUUUAAUUGUUUCUGAUUCUUUGUUUUGAGUUGUUCCCUCUCAUCAGUCUCCGAAUUAGAACUGGUAAUGUUUUGAGUUGGCCUAGGUUAAUUUUGAGAGCUCUUUUAUUUAUUUAUAUAGAUUCUGAAUCAGUUGCAAAAACCCAUUUGGUUUCAUGAUGCUUUGGAGUUUUGGACACCAACAGACAGCAUGGUUUUUUGAAAUUAUAAGUAACAAAGAAUUUGUUAUAA